UGCAACUGCUACCAACCCCCUCCUGCUGCUGCUCAUACAGAACUUCAGCUCAGCUGCUACCGUCCGCCGGGAUCAGCUUGGCCGCGCCGCGAAUUGGUGAGGCUUCGCGCCGCGAAUUGGUGAGGCUUCGCGCCGAGCUUGCGGCCCGCUUCCGGACGGCGCCGGAACGGGAGCACAACGCCUCUUCAAAUUUCUAGCCUUUUCCUCGAGGAUUCUGCUCCUUCUGAGCGCAUCUGCGGUGCAGAUCCGGUUCGUCUCCGUGAGCAAUCCCCUUGCCAUCGAGAUUUCGCCCAAGAAACGCCCAGAUGAUCCAAAAAAUCGGAUCUUUUGAGCUUCGCUUCAGCUGAGGAAGGAAGGCACGAGCUUGCCGAGGGAAUGAGGAAGAAUUGGGGGCUCAGCUCCGGCCCCUCGCGGCCGUUCGCUGACCGCCGGUGGCUCCUCCCCUUCCUCGCGAGCCUGCUCGUCACGGCCACUCUCUUACUCGCCGCCGCCUGCGGCCUCUUCUCGCCGCCCUAUCCCGGCGGCGGCAGCGGCGGCGGGGACGCCUUCCUGUUCGACGUGGUCUCCCUCGACAACUGGGACGAAUCAUCGCCGGGCGACGGCGCUCAGCUGCUGGACGAUGACGACGACAACCCCGACAAUGCCGCCGUCAACUCGGACGACUCCGACGCCGAGCCGCCGCGGAUCGCAUACCUCCUUGAGGGCACCAAGGGGGACGGCCUGCGGAUGCGGCGGACACUGCAGGCCAUCUACCACCCGCGCAACCAGUACAUCCUGCACCUGGACCUGGAGGCACCGCCGCGGGAGCGGAUCGACCUGGCCAUGUACGUCAAGGGCGACCCCAUGUUCAGCCAGGUCGGGAACGUGCGGGUCAUCGCCAAGGGCAACCUGGUCACCUACAAGGGGCCGACCAUGGUCGCCUGCACACUGCACGCCGUGGCCAUCCUCCUCAAGGAAGGGCUGGAGUGGGACUGGUUCAUCAAUCUCAGCGCGUCGGAUUAUCCGCUCAUGACACAAGAUGAUAUACUUCACGUGUUCUCUUCUUUGCCAAGAAAUCUUAAUUUUAUAGAGCACUUUCAGCUAUCUGGGUGGAAAGUGAUUCGAAGGGCAAAACCAAUUGUUCUGGACCCAGGGCUCUAUCUAUCAAAAAAGUUUGACCUUACCAUGACUACUGAGCGGAGAGAAUUGCCUACAGCUUUCAAAUUGUAUACUGGUUCUGCUUGGAUAAUGCUCACAAAAUCCUUCCUCAAGUACUGCAUAUGGGGUUGGGACAAUCUCCCACGGAACCUCCUGAUGUACUAUGUCAACUUCAUCUCCUCGCCAGAAGGCUAUUUCCAAACUGUCAUCUGCAACUCCGAUGAUUUUUCGGGCACUGCAGUAAGCCAUGACCUGCACUACAUUGCUUGGGACUACCCUCCAAAGCAGCAUCCACUGAUCCUCUCGAUGAAGGACUUCAACAAGAUGGUCAAGAGUGGCGCACCAUUUGCACGGAAGUUCCCCAAGGAUGACAGGGUCCUGGACAAGAUAGACAGUGAGCUUUUGCACCGCUCCGAGGGCCGGUUCACUCCUGGAGCGUGGUGUGACGGGAGCUCUGAAGGAGGGGCUGAUCCAUGUUUGUCUAGGGGUGAAGACUCUGUUUUUGAGCUUGGUCCCGGUGCUGAGAGGCUGCGAGGCCUGAUGAAGAAGGUGCUUUCAUGGGAUUACCGCAACGGUAGCUGUUCGUCACUUGCUUAUGAUCAGACGAAAAGAGAUUGGUAUGUUCCUAAAAGUAAAGGAUAAUUGUGAUGUCUUGCUGUGCUUUCUUGUAAAUGCAGCACUUGAUCCCUUCCAUUGAAAUGAACACUGAUGAAUGCAACUUGUUGACCAAGAAAAAUGUUGAUAUCUUACUAUUGUCACA